GAAAGGAUAAAGAGGCGCUAGGCGGAAUUUGGGGUCCGCUCUAAGCUGCAGCAAGAGAAACAGUGUGUGAGGGGGAAGAGGCCAAUACCAGUAGCCCCGGUCUGUGUAUGUGUCUCUCCUCUCUUUGGGGUUGUGCAUGCAAAGGAAGGGAAAACGGGACUAAAUAUAUUUAUCGCAUUAGUCACCGCUCUUCCUACAGGGAAGGCACACAUUUAUUAAUGCUACCCGGUUGCAUGAGACGGGUUUUUUUUUUUGUUCAGUACCUCUCAACAACCAAAUAAUUAACUGCACAAGCUCCUGAUCACUGACUGCACAGCCACGAGUCCUGGAGUCCGGUUUUUAUUUUUAUUUUUUUUAAUUAUUAUUUUUUUGUGUGUGUGUGUUGCUGGGCACAGUAGUGGGAGGCUUUACCAGCGCGUGUGCUGUUUUCCUGAAACAUCUUGGGCAGAGAAAAAGCACUUGUGAACUGGAAUCAACUGCUUCGGGGACGGGAGGGGGGAAACACUGACAAGGAGAGGGGGAAUUGCAGCAUUUUUAAAGAAACUCUGUUUCUGUUCCACUUUGAGCACUGGCUGCUGCCCCUAAAUUAAUAGAGAGCAAAGGGGGAAGGACUGCACAGAGCGCUGGAGACGAGCCUGUCUGGAACUACAACUACUUAGCAGAGGGGCUGCGCGCUGGCGAAGGGCUGAGCAUUUUGCUUUGGUUUGGGACUGUUUGAUUCGUUCCCCUUCCUUGUACCUGUUAAAGUUGAGAGUCUUUUUUUUUUUUACGUUGCACUGGUGCCGAGCUGAGCCCCGGCGACCUCCCUGCAAGCAGCCGCCGCCGCCGCCGUGUGUGUGAGACCCAGCGAUGGUGCAGCAGACUAACAACGCGGAGAACACGGAAGCGCUUCUGGCCGGAGAGACCUCGGACUCCGGGGCCGGCAUCGAGCUGGGCAUCGCCUCCUCUCCCACGCCGGGCUCCACCGCUUCCACCGGGGGCAAAGCGGACGACCCGAGCUGGUGCAAGACCCCCAGCGGGCACAUCAAGCGGCCCAUGAACGCCUUCAUGGUGUGGUCCCAGAUCGAGAGGAGGAAGAUCAUGGAGCAGUCCCCGGACAUGCACAACGCCGAGAUCUCCAAGCGCCUGGGCAAGCGCUGGAAGCUGCUCAAGGACAGCGACAAGAUCCCCUUCAUCCGGGAGGCGGAGCGGCUGAGGCUCAAGCACAUGGCGGACUAUCCCGACUACAAGUACCGGCCCAGGAAGAAGGUGAAAUCGGGAAACAGUUCCGCCAAGCCCGGCGAGAAAGGAGACAAGAGUGGCGGGGGCAGCCCUGGCGCCAGCGGGGGCGGCACCGGCAGUGGCAGCAGCGGGGGCAGCACGAACUCCUCCAAGCCCGCGCUGAAGAAGAGCGGCGGCUCCAAGCUCUCCCCCGGCGGCGGCUCCGGGGCCAGCAAGUCGCACGCCAAGGUGAUCCUGGGCAGCAAAGCCGCCCCCUUCCCCGCCGAGCAGCCGGCUCAGGCCGCCCUGCUGCCCCCGGACCACCACUCGCUGUACAAAUCCCGCGGCGGCGCCUCCAGCUCCUGCUCGGCCUCGGGCAAACACCUCUCGGAGAAGAAGCUCAAGCGGGUCUAUGUCUUCGGCACGGGCGGGGGCCACGGGCAGAGCGCGUCCUCCUCCCCGGGGGGCGCCGUGCCGGCCAGCCCGACCCUGAGCUGCUCCACGGAAGCCAGCGACCCUCUGAGCCUGUACGAGGAGGGGGGCGCCGGAGGGUGCCAGCAGGACGGAGACUGCAGCAGCAUCUCCUGCCCUUCCCCGCCGGGCAGCAGCUCCCCCUCGGAUCACCGCAGCUACACCAGCCUGAGGGCCUCUUCUCCGGCCCCCUCCACCUCCCAUUCCUCCUCGGCUUCCUCCCAUUCCUCCUCGUCCUCUUCCUCCUCCGGCUCCUCUUCCUCGGACGACGAGUUUGAAGACGACCUGUUGGACCUGAACCCCAGCCCCGGUUUUGAGAGCAUGUCCCUGGGCAGCUUCGGCUCGUCCGUGCUGGACCGGGACCUAGAUUUUAACUUCGAGCCUGGCUCGGGCUCUCAUUUUGAGUUCCCGGACUACUGCACCCCGGAGGUAAGUGAGAUGAUCUCAGGGGACUGGCUGGAGUCCAGCAUUUCAAACCUGGUCUUCACUUACUGAAGAAAAUAAAUAAAUAAAUGCCGGGGAAGACGUAGACAUACACUAUUGAGAGGACUCGCCCACGCUGUUGGGUGUAUCUUUUUUCCUUGGAGGGGCAGAUGAAACUGACUUGCUGUGCUUUUAAAAAACCGAGAUGAUAAAAGGGAUCAUCCUUUUAAAAAAAAAUAGACACACGCUCGCUCCCUUCCUCUGCUUGGAGAUAGACACACACACACACACACAUCCCCCCCACGCCUCUUCCGAUGCCUGAUGUUAAUUUUUAGAGACUGGCGGGAGUGAUUUUUUUUUGAGAGAGAGAGAGACAGAAGGGGGAAAACCACACACACCUCUGGGUUUUUGAUAUUUUUAAUCCACGCUAUGUAAAGAAGAAGGGGGAGUGAAAAAUUGUGCUGAGUGCAUUGGCGAUCUCGAGUAUUUUGUUCUGAGAGAGAUGAGAACUGUUUAAAAAAAAGACUGCAGGGUUUACAUGGUGUGGGGGAAGGGAAGCGAAUCCUAUUUCGAUUUUUUUCCUGCAGCAAGAGGAGAUGAAGAUGAUAGGAGGCGGAAAGGACGAAUUGAGCUGGAAACUGAACUGAGAUCCUAGUUGGACAGAGAAAAGAAGGGGUUUGGGUUUUUUUGUUUUGUUUUUUGUUUUUGCCUUUUUUUUUAAAGAUGAACUGGAAACACGACUAGAGGAAGAUAAUAAUAAACUGAAAUGCAUUUGCACGUAUAGAGGAGAAGGUGGCAGCGCUUUUCUCAGUCACCUUAUUAUAUAGAGAGAAAUCAAUCAAUAAAAUGGAACUUCAUGAACACGGAAAACUUUUUUUUGAAACGGAGACAGAUACAAAACAGUUUCUAUAAUGAUGUGGUACAGGGGAAAUGGAGGGAGGGCGAUUGCUUUUGCAAAAACAAAAAAACAAUGUUUUUUCUUCUUACUCAGAAUCGUGAUGGUGUUGGAUUAUUUCACUGGUGGGGUUUAAUAUAGCAUGUUAUCCUGUCUAUCUUUUUAAGAUUUCUGUAAGACUGUUGAACAGUUUAAAAAUAGUGUUAGGAUACUAUAAAAGCAGAUAGAUGGCGCUAUGUUUGAUUCCUACAAAAAAUCACCAGCUUUUUUUUCAUUCUUAACUCUUUAAAGGAUUCAAACGCAACUCAAAUCUGUGCUGGACUUAAAAAAAAAAUCAGGACCAAAUUUUUUCUCAGAGUAUGUAUGUGUUUGUUCCUUAUAGCUGUAAAUGAAAAGACUGUUUUUUCUCACCGAUGCUCUAUUCCUUUAUUGUUUUUUCCUUGUAAAUGUAAUCGGAUGCCAUUUUAUAAGUGGAUGUAUUUAUACUGGCCAAACAUUUUUGACUUGUAUUUCUUUGUCCUUUUUUGGUAGUCCUCGUUGUUACUCGCACCAUUUUUAUGUCUCCUUCACUGAAGGGCUAGAGUUUUAACUUUUAAUUUUUUAUAUUUAAAUGUAGACUUUUGACACUUUUAAAAACAAAAGAGAAGAGAGAUGAAAACGUUUGAUUAUUUUCUCAGUGUAUUUUUGUAAAAAAUAUAUAAAGGGGGUGUAAAUCGGUGUAAAUCGCUGUUUGGAUUUCCUGAUUAUAAUUACAGGGCCGCUGGUUAAUGUCUCACCCAUACACACAAAAAUCAGCCCCUAUUUUCUCCAUGUUUACACUCCAAUCUGCAGGCUUCUUAAAGUGACAGUAUCCCUUAUACAUACCACCAGUGCCCUGUGUUUAAUCUCAUUGAUUUCUAUGAGGGGAAAGAAUAAACGUAAUACACUGUCUCCUAACUUUAAAAAAAUCCCAUAAUUAAGUACAACCAUAUAUCGUACAGGCGCUUUAAAGCAACUGGUGCAUUUUACAGAAAAAAGGGAUCCUGUACCUUUAACUUGUAAACCACAUCUUUUGCACUUUUUUUUAUAAGCAAAAAACGUGCCGUUUAAACCACUGGAUCUAUCUAAAUGCCGAUUUGAGUUCGCGACACUAUGUACUGCGUUUUUCAUUCUUGUAUUUGACUAUUUAAUCCUUUCUACUUGUCGCUAAAUAUAAUUGUUUUAGUCUCUUAUGGCAUGAUGAUAGCAUAUGUAUUCAGGUUUAUAGCUGUUGUGUUUAAGAUGGAAAAAGUGAAAACAUCUUUGUACAUUUAAGUCUGUAUUAUAAUAAGAAAAAAGAGGAUUGUGUGUUUAUGUAUGUUAAUAUAACAUGACAGGCACUAGGACGUCUGCCUAAUGAGGUGGUUCCGUUAAGGGUUUUUUGUUUUGUUUUUUGUUUUUUGGUCAUCCAUCCUGUGCAAUAUGCUGUGUAGAAUAUUUUUGUCUAACGAUCACCCCACAACACAACGUUGGGAAAGAGGAGAAAAAAAUCAUGCCAGCUAAUCAUGUCCAGUUCACUGCCUGUCAGAUUGUUGAUAUACCUUCUGUAAAUAAUCUUUUUUUUUUUUUUUUUUUUUUUGAGAAGGAAAUAAAAUCAGCUGGAACUGAACCCUAAACUUUGACUGUUUUUGUCAUCAUUGUUAUGCUACAACUUUUCUAUGUGGUUAUUCUGUAAUGGUCUUAGACACUGGUACUCUCUGUAUUAGCCGUUAAAUAAAAUGUACUUACAGUGACGACUAUAAAAUACAUCUUUUUUGCAGGAACAUGUUUCGUUCCCCGCCCCUCCCCCGUCCCCCCGGAGAGACUUGGCAGGCCAAAGUCUGGAAGUAAAUGGAUGUUAGUCUGAAUGUGUGCCAUCGCUGAAUGCUCUCUAGGAAUUUUCGUGCAUUAACCAAAUGCUAAUAACCUUUCGGUGAAAGUAGCAAAGACUGCAGUAGGAAUGGGGGAUGGGGAAGCUGCACUCAGGAGCUGGGCGAAGCCCGCUGCCAUCCGAGACGAAAUCUAGACAGCAGGAAUGUGUAGAAGAGGCCACAUCAACCGUUUUGUUUGACCUUGUGACUUGAAUCCUGCCUUGCCAUUUCAGUAACUAUCUUGCAGGAAACCUGCCCGGUGGGAGGAUUUGUUCAUUUCAGUCUCACCUCUUCAAAGUGAAAGAGACAUUGCUCAGUAUCCUAACAAGAGAAAAGAACGCCGUGCAACUGAUUGAGUUUGUUUAUAAAUACAUCUUUUGGUGGGGUGGGGUGGGGUGGGGGCUAGAUUUACCUCCAACAAUUUCAAAUGCAAAAGAAAGAGAUUUGCUCUGCUGCCCUGCAGUGUUCCCAACAGAUACAUUAAUGAAUUUUUUCCCCUACACACCUUUGCUAGUCGAUAUGAGAGGGAGGGCUGCCAAAAUAACCCACAACCUAUUUUGCCAUUAACUUUGGCUCUGUUCCCCAGCUUGGAAAGAGUCAAGCUUUAACAUAUGCAGACGUCAUAGCAACAAGGAGACUGUAGGGAAGGAAAAUAAUUGUCACCAUUUAUUUCUACAGUACAGUAGGCAUGCUGUUUGCAAACUGAAAGGGCAACUUUCUGGGUGCCUUGGGUUUUACAAGAUUUCCUCAGUCAGGGGGCUGUUUAUAUUCCUGUGUAUCUUUGUCACAACUUCUUAAGCAGAGUGAUAGUGAGAGGCUAUGGGAAAAGCUGUCAAGAGUUGAGGAAACUUUGAAAUAAAGUAGGUGUGGGGAAGCGUAGUAUUCGCAUUUAAACUAGGGGAGGGGAAUGUGUGAACCUAAACUAAGCAGUUCAUUGUACUGUAAAUUCAGUUAAAACUGAGUGAUUUGAAAGUAGUUCAGCUACAGUAUUUCAAUAAAAUGUCUCAUUUGGAAAA